AUGUCCUAUUUUGCUAUAGUCACUAGUUGGUAUCUCUGGCGCAUCGUGGCGAUUCAGAGCUGGCUGCAGUUCAUUAAGAGCACUGGUCCCGUCGGAGAGAUCACAGCAACAAGGGCUCACUGGACAUCCGCAUCGGCCUUCGGAGCCAUCAAGGGUGGCUUGCGCGCACCGCGGCCGAAUCGUAACUGGCGGACGGUCCGUUGGGCGCGCGACUGGGGAUUUGCCCGGCCCACGCCAGCGGCCCGAGCGUGCGGCGUGCAAUCAAUUUAUGCAAAUCGCCGACGAGAUGGGGCUGGACACGGCCAAAGCAAUAAACUAUCGUCGGUGAGGGUCCCGCUCUGCCCAUCGAAGACCAGCCGAAGAAUGGUACUCGAGGGAACU